GACCCAAAUUUCUUUCCUGGUUACCAAACAAACCCAAACCAAGUCCAUCAUGGUUUUCUUCUUCUUCCUCCGCUAGCUGCUUCUUCAUGAGUAGUGAGUGUGACCCUCACCCUCACAACAUGUCAGGUUCUACCUCUAAGGACUGGCUCCAUUUCUAUCAAGAAAGCAGCAGCUUCCCCACGGCCGGUCAAGUUUCCGUAUCCGAGGCAACCACGGUGACAACCACCACGCCAACCCAGUUGAACCCAGAUGGCCGAGUCUCCAAGCCCAUCAGGCGCCGCUCCCGGGCUUCAAGGCGAACACCCACCACCCUGCUCAACACAGACACUACCAACUUCCGGGCCAUGGUGCAGCAAUUCACUGGCGGCCCAACCGCACCUUUUGCUCAAGCUGUGGGUUUAGGCUUUGCCUCACGUCCUCCUCGAGGCCCACUGCCUUCUGUAAACACAAACGGCCUCGUGUUGGAGCACCAGCAGCUGUAUCACCAACAACAGAACAACCAGCAGCAGUACAUGUUCGGUGGUGGUAACAGAGAAGCAGCAGUUGCUGAAAACACGUUUUUCCAGAGAUUGAGCAACCCAAUUACUACUACGAAUACAAUUACAAAUCUAAAUGUUAACGAUGAAGACCAACUUUUCAUGGAUCAUGGAGGACGUUUCUUCCCCACUACUUGAUUCUGUUCUGUUCUGUGCAGUUCGUACGUUGCAGUUUCUUCUUCCAUUGGUCAGGUCAAAAUGAAAGUGACGUAAAAUAAAGCAGAUAAUUAGGUGAUCUUAAUUAACCUAACUUAGCUACAAUUGUUGACCAACCUACAUACGGUGUAUGUAAAAUAGUACUACUCCCUCUCCCUCCCCCUAGUGUUCAUUUAUUUUAUUUCUACUACUAUGCAUCAAUGCGCAGCCACGCUACAUGCACUUCAUCACGUUUUUCUUAUGCUUCUUGAUUAAAUCUGGAUGGAUCCCAAUGUUGGGGUUGCCUCAAGAUUUUAUUUAUUUUACUUUUAUUUGUAAAUUUGUCUAUUUAUUUUAUAUGUGAUUAACUGGGAACCUGUUUCUUA